AUGACCGAGAAUCCAACAUUGAACGGUAUGGGUGCCACAAAUCUGGUUUCACGUCGUACAGUCGACUUCCACCCUGAAACGGUCAAGGUUCCCCCUAUCCACCCAAAGGGUGUGAAUGGAAACUGUGUUUUGGACGACUCCGACAGCGCCUCCGUCUCCUCCGCAGAAACACACGAAGUUGGGGAACUAAAGACUGAGGAACGAAAACGGCCGAUAAUGGCUCGCAAGGCCUCUUCACCUAUGGCGCCCACGUUUAUGGUCUCCGCGCCGGGCAAGGUCAUCGUCUUUGGCGAACAUGCUGUGGUCCACGGCAAGGCUGCCAUGGCCGCAGCUAUCUCUCUUCGCUCCUACCUUCUUGUCACCACUCUCUCCAAAUCACAACGCACGAUAACUUUGAAUUUCCGGGAUCUGGGUCUUAGCCAUACUUGGAAUAUUGACACCCUACCAUGGGACAAAUUCCGCGAGCCGUCAAAAAAGAAGUUUUACUACAGCCUUGUCACCGAACUCGAUCCAGAACUUGUUGACGCGAUCGAACCGCACCUCCAGGGUGUAUCCAAGGGUCUCCCAGAGGAGCAGCGCAACAUCCAUAUUCGCUCCGCAUCCUCGUUCCUCUACCUCUUCCUCUCCCUAGGCUCUCCGGAAAGCCCAGGCGCCAUCUACACUCUUCGAUCCACAAUUCCUACCGGAGCGGGCCUAGGUAGUAGUGCUAGUGUCUGUGUCUGUCUUAGUUCUGCGUUACUUCUCCAAAUCCGUACACUCGCCGGACCUCACCCAGACCAACCACCGGAGGAGGCAGAGACACAGAUCGAGCGUAUCAACCGCUGGGCAUUUGUCGGAGAGCUCUGCAUUCAUGGCAACCCUAGCGGCGUGGAUAAUACGGUGGCCGCAGGCGGCAAGGCUGUGAUCUUCCGGCGCGACGAUUACUCGAAACCUCCAACAGUCAUCUCGCUACCUACUUUCCCCGAACUUCCUCUCCUACUUGUUAACACCCGACAAGCCCGUUCUACAAAGACAGAAGUCGAUAAAGUCGGGGCCCUAAGAGAGGCACAUCCUAUUGUGACCGAGUCAAUUCUUAACGGCAUCGACCAAGUGACAUGCUCCGCACAACGUCUAAUCGAGGACCCUAGUUUCGAGGGAAUCUCUGAUAUCACCCUUGCCCACUUUGGCACCCUGAUCCGUAUAAACCAUGGAUUCCUUGUCUCCCUUGGCGUUUCUCACCCCCGUCUCGAACGUAUCCGUGAACUUGUCGAUUACGCCGACAUCGGUUGGACAAAACUGACCGGGGCGGGUGGCGGUGGAUGUGCGAUUACCCUCCUUCGACCUAACGCAAAGGCGGAAGUCAAGCAGGACCUCGAACAAAAGUUCGACGAAGAGGGUUUCACUACGUACGAAGUUACCCUGGGCGGUGACGGUAUUGGUGUUCUCUAUCCGGCCGUCCUACGCAAUGGCUCGGACGAAGAGGGCGGUGAGGAAAUCGAUCAACAGAAGUUCGAAAAUGCCGAGGGCCCUGAAGGUAUUGAGCGUCUUGUUGGUGUUGGUGUUGGAGCGGAGGACCGGAGAGGGGGCUGGAAGUUCUGGAAGCGAGCUACGACUUAA